CUCUUCCUCAACACCUUCGUGCCGGGGCUGGGAACAUUUGUGUCUGCCUUCACAGUGCUGUGCGGAGCCCGGACUGACCUCCCUGACAGACACAUGUGCUGUGUCUUCUGGUUGAACAUUGCUGCAGCUCUCAUUCAGAUCCUGACGGCUAUCGUGAUGGUUGGCUGGAUCAUGAGUAUAUUUUGGGGGAUGGACAUGGUCAUUCUUGCUAUUUCACAAGCGGAGCGGCGGUGCAGAGCAACAGAUGGGGACCUGCACUGAUCCCUUUUAGAACCGGAGGUGAAGCAAAACGCGGCGCAGGUUAGGACUGGCACAGGCAACGUGUCAUGAUGGGCAACCGAUCCGGAGGAGGGAGGAGAGCAUUGCUAGAGUGAGACGUCGCCGAGGAAGAGGGCACUUGGGCAGGCUGCCGGGACAAGAGAUCUGGUAGCUGGGGACUCUGCUUUCUUCAUCUGCAGGUUGGGAAGCAGCUGGAGACAUUUUGCCUCCUUUAUAAUUCACCAUUGAAGCAACCCAGCUGUGAAUAUCAAUGCCAAGGAGCUAUUUAUAGAUCUUUGUACAGUAUGUAAAAGCAAAAGCCGAAUGGUA